AUGCGCAUGGAGGACAACCGCCUACCCAAGCGCAUGCUGUUAGGAGCGAUGGCGGGGGGGGUGGGAUACCGGGGCGGGCAUGAGAGCGACGGGGUGUCUCGUCUAGGCGAGGACCUCGUGGUCUUCAACAUGGGAGACGAAAAGGAGGGGGGUGAAUGGAAAGGGAGCGCCAAGGACCCGGAGGUGUGGUACAACAAGGUCGAGGACGGGGCGGCAUGGUUCAUGAGGAAAUGGCACAAGCAGAGGCGGAAGCGCUGCGAGGUUACUCACUAGACCACCGGGGCGACCGGUAGUAUGUACCCGGCUGAUAUUGUUGCGCCUUGUUUCCCUCCCUGCUGUAUGCUAUACCCCUUCAUGCAACCGUACUGGUCCUCUUAGGAGAUUUUCGUGUAUUUGUGUAUAGAGCAGUGAAGAGAUGAAGAUAAGCACAAAAAGGAGUGAUAAGUCUUGCAUCCUGAAGACGACGGUCAGUGCAAGGAAAAAGCGGCGAGGAUAAGAUUUUCUGUGCUGCGCGCAAACCAAGGCGAAUUGGGUUGCUACGAAAUUUCACGGUCGGGGAGAAAGACAACGAUAGCUGUCGGCCCAAGGCAACGAGCGAUCGAUGGAGAGCGUGCCAUUGAAUGCAUAUAUAUGCAUUGGUCGCACACUGCUGGCCUAUGCAGGAUGUUUGCACAUCGGCGCAACGUGAGCGCUUUUUUCGUCGUAUCACGACUUGUAGGCAAUAGGUCGCGUUAACAACGCAACUCAGCCCAUACACACACGCUUUCUUUCAUGGCCUAACCCACCACUGAAAUUAAUGGACAAGAUGCCGUUGGUUGCUGCCAAGCGGACACUGAAUUUUUUCCGAAAUAGAUUGGCGGACGACAAAGAACAAGGGCGGUCAAGACAGGAAGACGGCCAACCGGUGAAAAGGUGAAGAUGAGAGAGUGAACAGCACGGCGCAUGGUCGUAUAUGGUGGCAAUCUUGUGGCGUGUGGUACCAGCGCUGCGCACAGCCCAAAAAAUAGUCGGGGCCCCGCAAAUUCGCGGGGUUCCGCAGAUUCGCGCACCUGCAGAAAAUGGCAAGAGAUCUGCCGCCGCCUACCCCACCUAGCGCAGGCGACAGAGGGAGCAAGAGGCCACAAGGGAGGCAGACGUCUGACCAGGUGGGCUUUGAAUCACACUGGGACUACUGGACAACUUUUGUUCUGACUUAGAGUUAGCGCCACGAGGAGAUAUUCGGAGAUUGCCGUGAGCGUACCACCACGCGAUGCCGCCGCACACAACCCACCGGGGUCCUUGUGCUCACCUCCCAGGAAGCGCUGCGACCGUGUUGCAGAAUACAGCUGGUCAUUCAGUGUGGCAAACUCAGUUGGCUAUCUAGCACAGAAAGUUUCAGGCAAUUCCAUCCUGAGGAAACUUAGCUUGGCCGUGUUGAACAUUGAAAAUCUUGGCGGCGGCGGGGGAACAUGCGCAAGCUCU